AUGUGGCCAGGCUGCGGUGGGGUUCUGUCCAACUGGGAGGGCUGUGACAAGCUAGUGCCUUGUGCCAUGCCCUCUGUGGACAACUGCAGAUUCGAUGUGUCUCGUUGCACGCAAGUGCCACCCGGGGGGUCCUGCGAGAUCCACUGCCAAGCGCCACUGACGGGGAACCACACAGUGGCAGUUUGCAAGGAUCUCAACACCAAUCCACUGCAGGAGCUCGACUAUUUCCCGCUGACCUGCUUGCUGGAGAGCUGCCCAGAUCCUUCGCCUUGGCCGGCAGGUUACAACAAGACUCCUGAAGGGAAGUGGGUCUGCGCAAACGGCUACAAUGGCACUGCGCGGAAUCGAUGUGAGUUAGGGGAUACCUGGACUGCUGACUGCUCUGCAGCUGCAGCGCUGGCUGGCUGCAGAGAGGUCGUGCCCUGUUUGGCGCCGAGCUUGACCGGCUUGGACCGCUGUACCUACGAUGUCUCGGCGUGCACAUCCGUGGCGCCUGGAGACUUUUGUGAGGUUCACUGUCGAAGCCCCUUCGCGGGGUCGAAAACAGAGGCCUAUUGCCCUCAUGGCAACACUGAUCCUGCUGGCUUGGCCUGGACCCGUCCACCCUGUGGAUUAGAUUCUUGUGAUGAGCCUGGCACUGUGCCAGCCGGCUACAGACGGCAGGGCACUGAUGGCUGGGAAUGUGCUCAGAGCUACACAGGCUUUGCAGAAAAGGUCUGCGAGACCACGGAGAGUUGUGAGAUCCGUGCGGUGCUCCAAGGCUGCUUGCAGCUGGUUCCCUGCGAGGCGGAGCAAUCGGACUGCCGCUUUGACUUCAUCGACUGCAUCAGCGUUCAGCCGAAUGCCCAGUGUCAGGUGAGGUGCAAGGCCCAAAAUGGCUUUGCUGGCAGCGCAACAACAGCGACCUGUCUCCAAGGCAACACUGAUGUGAAUGGCCUGGUUUGGACACCUCCGGUGUGCCAGAUCAGCAGCUGUGACGAUCCACCUGAAGGGAAUGGCUAUGUCAAGUCAGAUUUUGGUUGGGAGUGUGCAGAUGGAUACUCCGGCAGAGUCAACAAGACUUGCGUUUGGAUGGAGGACGAGUGUGUGGCUGUCCCAUUACUCUCGGGAUGUAUCAUGGAGCAACCAUGUCGGCUUCCUGAUUUGGGCGCAGUGCCGUGCAUGUACGAUGUCUCGGACUGCACCAGUGUCUCUUGGCACCAGUGUCUCUUAGGCCCCGUAGCCAACACAGAUGCGAACCAAAUGCUGCAGGGCUCCUUGACACAGGACCAGUUUGACAACAACAAGAUCACCUACUCCUGUGCACAAGGCUAUGGAGGUGCCAAGCUGGGAUUGCCGAACACACUAGCAGCAGUAUGGCAGGGCAAUGUGACCGACUACGAAGUCUUCUGGGCGGAUAGCUGCGAAGAGCGAAUGGGUGCAGAGGCUAGACCAGCAGCGCAGAAUCCAAAAGGAGGUGGAGAACUUUCCUUGAACCCUUUGGCCAUAUGCGCCACUGGCUGGGUCGUCUACUCGAUCCUGAACUUCAGCGGCCGAGCACCUGUGGGCGUCUUCGUGCCGCUGAACCAGACAUCACUGGUGCCUGAUGGGAGUCGACC